AUGAAAAAUUUUAAAAUAUUAAAAAUAAUAUUAUUAUUAUUAUCAUGUUGUACAUUUUUUAGUGUUGUAAAUUCAAUAACAGUUGGUGGUUUAUAUUCAACACCAGGUAAAUGGAAAUUUAUAACUAAAUUUUGUUUUCAAGACCAAGGAGGCCAUGUAAUAAUGAAAUUAUUCCAUUCAUUAUCAAAAGAUACAAAAAUUUUAUUAUAUUCCGACAAAAACCCGAAUUAUAAUGAAUUAUUGGAUGAUAUUUAUGGUAAUAAAUAUUCAUGUGAACAAAAAGUUUCUUGGAAUAACUAUGAAUUUUCACCAUUUGUUAAUAAUCCAAAUGAUUUGGAUUGGGAGAGUAGAAUGCAAGUUAAAAGUGUAAUGCAACAGAGAGAUCGUUUUUGGAUUGUUGCAAUUGCUGAUUGUGAAAGAGGUAAUAGAUCAACUGGAGGUGGUACUGGUUCAAAUGUUAAUAAAAAAUAUUUUGCAGAAUAUGUUUUCUCAUUAUCAAAUAAUGGUGAUCAUAUCGAUAGUGUACUAUCAGCUGAUCAACAAUCAAUUCCACAAUCUCAAAUGUUUUACUUUUUAUUAUAUAUCAUAAUGUUUGUAAUAACCAUUGUAUUUAUUAUAAUAUUAAAGAAAAAACAAUUGGAAUCAAAAGUAUUACAAUUCUUUAUUGUAAUACUUGGAGUGCAAUUGAUUUCAUUGGUAUUAUUUUUGGCAAAUUGGUCAACCAUUAUAAAAUAUGAUGGACCUGAAUUAAAAUAUGCAAAUUUAUUUGGUAAUAUUUUUAGUAUUUUGGCAAAUUCAUUAUUUGUAUUACUCAUUUUAAUGGUUGGACAAGGUUGGACAACCUCUCUAUAUUAUGGCUCAAUGAUAAAAAGAAUGGUUAAUUUAUCUGUUUCUGGAUUAUUAUUUGUUUUUGGUGUAAUUGUAUACAUUUUCGUUUGUUUCAAAGCACCAGAAUUUAAUAACUACAUUUACUUUUAUGAUACAUACCCAGGUUACGCUUUAUUGGCUAUCUAUGUUUUCAUUAUUUUCUUUUUUACAAUUGGAAACACUCUAAGUCGUAGAAAACAAAAUGAUGAAAUGAAAAAGAAGUUCAUUUUAAUAUUUACCAUCAUUUUUACAUUAUGGUUCAUUGCUCAACCAAUGAUUGUUGUUUGUGCUCAUUUCACAGAACCAUGGGUAAAAUUCAAAGUCAUCUCAAUACUAUAUCAAACAAUAAAUGCAAUCUUUUAUAUAGUUUUAUUAAUAUUGUUCCGUCCAACUAAAAACAAUAUAGUGGUUAAAAUUUUAGAAUCUGAUGAUAAAUUUGGUUUAGAGAUCAAAGAUUAUCCAUCACCUAAAGAAAAUAGUUUUAAAAAUGAAAAGGUAAAGAAUAAAAAAUUUGUUGCUUUUUAA